AUGUCCUCCUCCGAGCUUCAGUACAUCGUCGAACUUAGUGGCCAACGGUUGCUCCCUGUCCCUAACAUGAACAACCACACUCCUACUUCUAACUGUCUACAGACCUUAAAGGACAGGGCCCACGCAUGGUUCAAGCUUAACAUGCACUCUUUCAAAACAAUCACCAUACAAGACAACUCUCUGACAAACAAAAGGCGCGUUAUCGACAGGCAUUUUUACUCGUGGAAUUUUCGUAGUGACCUGGCCAUGAUAAUUCCAAUAUUACCAAAGCCCUCGCAAAGAAAAAUCAAGCGCUCCUGGUCUUCAGCAACAUUGUCCUCGGUACCCCACUCAAUUAUGGAUGUGUUGAUGGACCCAGCGCAAAACCUGAUCGCCGUCGCGUGUCAUGUUCCUUACGAGAAUGAUCCUCUCACUUGGAUCUUCAAUAUUAACCUUGGAGCCCUAGAUGGUGGUGGUAUUCACCCACAAGCUGCUGGACGGAGACUGCUUCUGGUGCCGUCCGGUAGGUUCAGUGCAAUGUCUACGAAGCUCGAGUGUUGUGGGAGGCAUAUAGCCUUGCAGUAUUGCUCGUUUUCUGUACCUGGUAUGACUCGUUGCACGCAAGACUGGCACCUGCAUAUUUGGGAUUGGAAAGAUUCGAUGACAUCGAAGAGCUUCCUAUCCUUCCCACCCGACGUCCAGGUUGAUUUUUGUUUCCUUGGAAAUGAUAGGUUGCUCGUUGUCGUUGGUGGCGAUCUGGCGGUCUAUUCAAUCGAAGAUAUGUCCCAGACGCCACGUUUGCUGGCGUGUUUCCGAUUGCCAUUCCCAUUGUCGGACAUACAAUGCCUUCUUCCGAUAGAUCAUACCGAGCAGAUGCAGAUGCAAGCCCAACUACAAACAGUGACGUACACAUCAGACCCUACACAUCAACUACUAUGCCUCACUGCAUCUUAUGAUACUGCUACUGUGAUUUUCAUCAUCUCUACUAGGAUUUUCUUCGACCUCGACGAAGUUGCAGCGACAAUGCCGAAACCAUGGGAAUGUUGGGGCCCUUUGAAUACUCGUAUUUUCUGGUAUCGCCAGCAAUGCAAAGUCCACGUUUGUGGAAAUCGAGUUUUGCAGGCUAUCAGGGUGACUACGCCAGACGAGCGUCGUGUAAAGCACGAAUUACGUCUGAUGGACUUCAGCCCAAUGGCUGUGACAAACAGGGAGGGUCUUGGGCGUGUGGUAAAAGAGCCGUCUACGAUAAAAACGAGUCACUUGGCGGAGAGCGCCACCGAAGAAGAGAGCUUCGAAAUUACAACAUCCUUGCCUUACAUCGAGGUCGUGUUGGAUAGGAAGAUCAAUGUUUGCGACUUGAAGGGCAUGUGGCUCGACAAGGAUAGGAUUUAUUUGCUCAACGCAAUUGAGGAAAGUCAAGGUUCUUAUUUUAUAUGGCAAUCCAGCAGGCUCACGGUCAUCGAAGUCUAGAGCAGAGCUCGUCGUAAUCAUAUAUCAGCUUGGCACAAUAUUGGUAUUACUUAUGAAGAUAGAUUGUAUCCCACUUCUGGCGUAUGCACGUCAUCGAACACACCCAGGAGGAGCGGAUCUUAGAGACGAUGUUGGAGCUGGGAAUGAUGCCGGCGCGGAAGGAGGCAACAGUCAAAAACCACGCAGAAGAGAACAACAGUCCCGAAGCCAGCCACAGUGAUGAGGUAUACUCUAUGUAGGACAGUACUGUCUAGUCAGGGAGCCCCAUGCUCCGUCCCUUCGUUACAUCCCCAAAUGC